CUCUCCAUCAUCGCAAUAUUAUAUACACAAGUUUUUCUCUACUUAACAAUCAGCUGUGUGAGUUUUAUUUUGAAACUGGUUUAUAUACACGUUCGUCGAGAAGAAGUAUUUAACGAACUGUUCUUAAGGAACAGCAGCCCCCUGCAGUAACACGGACUAUCAUUAAACACCGACUGGGAUAUCUCGAGAGGAACGGUUGUUAUAUAUACCGAUCGUAUUACCUCACAACCCGUGGUACAGGUCUAAGGAGAAAUCAUCGGUACCGAGUAGGACGAAGAUGCGUUAGAAGUAACGUUUUAUCGAUCACUAUCGAAAGAAGGUUGAACAUUAAGAAAAGAGAUCACGAAUCGGCCGUCGAUAUAUCGAGGAGUGAAAGGCGAGAAAGGUAAUCCCCGAUAGAGUGAAGCGCGCAGUUUCAUCAGGCUCUGGCGCGAGUGAAAAGAAGAAGAAGAAGAAUAGGAAGAAGAAAAAGACGAAAAAGAAGAAGAAGCGACAGUGGAGAACGCGGCCGCGGGAUGUAAACGUCCGAGAAUGAAAAGUUUGUUUAGUUUUUCUACGAUCAAUUGUUGUAUGUAAGAAGGGUAGGGAAGAAAAAAAAAAAACGAAACAAAAAAAAAAAAAACUAAAAAAAUAAGUAGAACGUGUUACCGAACGUGCGACGGAAAACGACGGUGUUUCCGCGACGCGAUAUUUCUCUUUGCCACACGGUUAACGAUAAAACCAAACAGGAAGGAGAAUCGUAAUUUCUCCUAAAACCCCGCUCCCCCAUCCCUCGCAUGACCCUCGUAAAUUUUUCGGCCGGAGGUACCAUCUUUACCGACUUAUCGACGCGAGGCGAACGAGGUGCGCGUUUAUUUGACCGUGGUGCGUCCGGUGGGCGCCGAUCGGCCAGCUAAACCGGAGUCACGGUGGCCAGCCUAGUGAGCGGCGGCGGCGUCGCGGUGCGGUACGAUGAGGCGUCCGUGGUGGCGGGAGCUGGGGCCGUCGUUUUGGCCCCCGCUACCCGGCUAGCGCCCUCUAGCAUGGACACCUCCGAGGGGCCCACGGGCCCCCGAGUCAAGGCGGAGACACCCGACCACUUGGCCAGCACGUCUGUCGCCGGUGGCGGUGGCGGAGGAGGAGGAGGAGGCGGUGGCGGCGGGGGCGGCAACAACACCGCCGGAAUACAGAGCGCCGGUAGCGCUAGCGGACUCUUCGCCGGUAUUGCGAGCAGCAAUAAGCGGCCCCGACCCGACGACUGGUUGGCGCCCCACAGCCCCAAUUCCCCCGAACCCCUGCCGACCCAGCACCCGCUUUACGCUACGCCUCAACAACAGCAGCAGCAACAGCAACUCCAUCAUCACCAGUACCAAGUACCCCAGCAGCAGCAGCAGCAGCAGCAGCAGCAACAGCAACAGCAACAGCAACAGCAACAGCAGCAGCAGCAGCAGCAGCAACCGCCCUUGGCCCACUCCACUCCCCUCGCACAAUCUCAGCCCCAGAGUGCACCGGCUACACAACAGCCUCAGAUACCCCAAGCAUCGAACAACAACGGAUAUGCCAGUCCGUUGAGCUCAGGCAGCUACGAUCCGUAUAGUCCCAACGGCAAGAUUGGAAGGGACGAUUUAUCACCACCAAGUUCUUUGAACGGGUACAGCGCGGACAGCUGUGACGCUAAAAAGAAAAAGGGACCGACACCACGGCAGCAGGAAGAAUUGUGCCUGGUGUGCGGGGACCGAGCCUCGGGUUACCACUAUAACGCCCUCACGUGCGAGGGCUGCAAGGGUUUCUUCAGGCGAAGCAUAACGAAGAACGCUGUCUAUCAGUGCAAAUAUGGGAAUAACUGCGAGAUUGAUAUGUACAUGCGUAGAAAGUGUCAGGAAUGCAGGCUGAAGAAGUGUCUUACCGUCGGAAUGCGGCCCGAAUGUGUCGUACCCGAGUAUCAAUGCGCGGUCAAGCGCAAGGAGAAGAAGGCCCAGAAGGUAGGGGAAAAGGACAAACCAAACAGUACAACGAUGAACGGCUCGCCCGGAAGCCUCAGCGGCAUGGGCGCCGAUCAGAUGGGGGUCAAACUCGAACCGGCAGAGACCGAAAACCUUCCGAUGCUCGGGAGCAGUAGUAGCUCGAACAUCCAUUCUCACAACGGGGUAAAACCCGUCAGUCCGGAACAGGAGGAACUCAUCCACAGGCUCGUUUACUUUCAAAACGAGUACGAACAACCCAACAAAGAGGAUGUCAUACGAAUCACGAACGAACCCAAUGAAGGAGAAGACCAGAGUGAGGCGAGGUUCAGGCAUAUCACCGAGAUAACGAUAUUGACGGUACAGCUGACUGUCGAGUUCGCGAAAAGGUUACCCGGGUUUGACAAACUCCUACGCGAGGAUCAGAUAGCGCUCCUCAAGGCUUGCUCAAGCGAAGUUAUGAUGCUGAGGAUGGCGAGGAGCUACGACGCUGUGUCGGACAGCAUCGUCUUCGCGAAUAACCAACCCUACGGCAAAGACAGCUACAGCCUUGCUGGAAUGGGCGAAACAGUCGACGAUCUCCUGAAAUUUUGCCGGCAGAUGUUCGCGAUGAAGGUCGACAACGCCGAGUACGCCUUGCUUACAGCGAUCGUCAUUUUUGCCGAAAGGCCAGCUUUGAUCGAAGGAUGGAAGGUGGAGAAAAUACAGGAGAUCUACCUCGAGGCGUUGAAGGCCUACGUUGACAAUCGGCGGAGGCCAAAGUCGGGGAUGAUAUUUGCGAAGCUCCUCUCUGUUCUCACAGAACUGCGAACGCUUGGUAACCAGAACAGCGAGUUGUGCAUAAGCCUGAAAUUGAAAAACAAGAAACUGCCUCCCUUCCUUACCGAGAUCUGGGACGUGAUACCUUAGUUUGUUUUGUGUUUUUUUUUUUCCUGUUCAUCUCCGGUUUUUCGCUAUGUUUUUUUUCUUGUUUUUUUUUUCAAGCCGUCACGUUGGCUACUACUGUGUGCAUCCCACGGCGCCGUGACUUUUAUAAUAGUGCACCGCUAUUGGGAACGAAUAAUAUAUACGAAGGUGACUUUCGAAGUUGUCAUAUUAUAACCUGUAAUAUGUAACUACUUGCGGAGAAUACUUUUUCGUAAUUCACACGUCGUGGCCACGGAUCGUUUAUUUCUUAUAUGUAUACAAUCGAGCGAAAUGUGGUGUGAUGGCGAUCUUGUUUUUUUUUUUUUUAAUUUUUUUUUUUUUUUCUUUUCUUUUUCCAAUUUGCAUUCCUUCACUACCGCCGGAUAAGGUUGAAACUUCGACAGAGAAGAUUUUCGUUCCCAAUGCCGCUGUCUCUGAGUGCCGUUGUUUCGUGGAAUUAAUUCGCAUACCUGAUGCCUGUGAAAACAGUAAUUAUUUUGGAGAACUAAGAUAUGAAAAAUCAACCGCCGCGAGAAACCGAGUGUGGUUUUUAGUGGGAUUCGGCAAAAAAGGAAGCGAGGACAGUAUGGGAACGAGCCGAGACAGUGGCGAGGCACGCAGGCUGUGAUACGUAGAGACAGUACCGAGACUAUAAGGAGCUACAUACAUAUAUAUAUAUAUAUAUACUCUAUACACAUAUACAUGUGUAUGUGUAUAUAUAUAUAUACAUAUACAUAUAUCAAAUCCCCCGACUAUUCUCGAUAAUAAUAUGUAAAUGGAAAUAUAACACGUGAAAAAAAAGAAAAAAGAAAAAACAAUGUAUAACGCGUCUAGGAUAGAAACAAAACGGUACGAGACUAUAGAGGAUAGGGAAUUUUGUCAGGUUGCACUGUGGAGCAGUGCACCGAUAUCGAAACUGCAAAGCGUGAAUAUGAUGAUAUACAUAAUAAUUACGAUAGAGUCUAUAUCACACACAUAGCAUAAUAAUAUAUUGCUAGUAUGUAUGUUUUGUUUUAUUAUAU